UCUCUUUUUUUCUAAGCGCUAUUCUCACUAGCCACAUGAACGAGCGCUAGGUGUUUUGCUCCAAUUCGGGACUUUUAAAUCUAGUCACUUAACUGCCGCGAGGCUACGUCGCUAAUUCGUGUCGUUUGUUGAGCCUGAAAAAUCUUUUAGGCAGCGUAUUUAUCCGCUCCGCGAAGUGAAACAUGUGUAGUGCUUGCACAGGCAGCGCGAUCGGGCACAGGUGAAACACGGCGUGCGAGUAACGUGUACGCCGCAGCGGUGCCUGCUUGUUGCCAAACAGCGGGCGGGCCAUGGCGGAGGUGGAGGUGGCGCCCGGGGCCAUCGUGAAGCAGGGCUGGCUGCUGAAGCGCGGCGAGCACAUUCGUAACUGGCGCGACCGCUACUUCAUCCUGUUCGACAAUGGCGACCUGGUGGGCUUCAAGGCGCAGCCCGAGCGCAACAACUACCGCGACCCGCUCAACAAGUUCACGGUGCGGGACUGCCAGAUCAUGGCGGUGGACAAGCCGCGGCCGCACGUGUUCACCAUUCGCGGCCUGCAGUGGACCACUGUCAUCGAGCGCAACUUCGCCGUGGACACGGAAAAGGAGCGGGAGGAGUGGGUGGCCGCCAUCCGCUACGUAUCGUCGCAGCUGAGCGGGGGCGGUGAGGGCGCGGGCGCGGUUGGCGCGCCGGAGACAGCGGGCGCGGCCUUUGCGGGCAUCGCUGACGUGGACGACCGCGACAUAGCGCAGCUAGGCACCAGCUUCCGCGACCCGCGGCGCAUCACGCUGGAGAAGUUCGAGUUCGUGAAGGUGCUGGGCAAGGGCACGUUCGGCAAGGUGGUGCUGAGCCGCGAGAAGGGCACGGGCAAGCUGUACGCCAUGAAGAUCCUCAAGAAGCACCUCAUCAUCCAGAAGGACGAGGUGGCGCACACCAUCACGGAGAACCACGUGCUGAAGAAGGCCAAGCACCCGUUCCUCACGGCGCUGCGCUACUCGUUCCAGACGGCCGACCGCGUGUGCUUCGUCAUGGAGUACGCCAACGGCGGCGAGCUGUUCUUCCACCUGUCGCGCGUGCGCAACUUCAGCGAGGAGCGCAUGCGCUUCUACGGCGCCGAGAUCGUGUCGGCGCUGGGCUACCUGCACGCGCAGGGCAUCAUCUACCGGGACGUCAAGCUCGAGAACCUGCUGCUCGACAAGGACGGCCACAUCAAGAUCACGGACUUCGGCCUGUGCAAGGUCAACAUCACGUACGGCCGCACCACCAAGACGUUCUGCGGCACGCCCGAGUACCUGGCGCCCGAGGUGCUGGAGGACACGGACUACGGGCCGGCCGUGGACUGGUGGGGCACGGGCGUGGUGCUGUACGAGAUGGUGUGCGGGCGCCUGCCCUUCUACAACCGCGACCACGACAAGCUGUUCGAGCUCAUCGUGGAGGAGGAGGUGCGCUUCCCGCGCGCGCUGUCGGCGCCGUGCCGCGCGCUGCUGGCGGCGCUGCUGUGCAAGGAGCCGGCGCGCCGCCUGGGCGCGGGGCCCGACGACGCGCUGGAGAUCAUGCAGCACGCCUUCUUCGCCGCCGUCUGCUGGGCCGACCUGCUGGCCAAGAAGGUGGCGCCGCCCUUCAAGCCGCAGGUGGACUCCGACACCGACACGCGCUACUUCGACUCCGAGUUCACGGGCGAGUCGGUGGAGCUCACGCCGCCCGACAGCGACGCGGGCCUGGCCCGCAUCCAGGAGGAGCACUUCCCGCAGUUCAGCUACCAGGACAUCUGCUCGUCGGCGCACUCGGCGCUGUCGCACCUGUCGCAGGGCGCCGACCGCCGCCACUAGCGGCUCCCCGCGCCGCCGCCGCCGCAGCACUCGAAGGGUCAAUUCUAUGCAUUUUGAAUCCAAGUAGACUGAUAUCCCGGUAAUGUUUGAAUAAAUUUACGUGGUUAUUUCUGUAAACUGUGGAGACGUUCUCUUAAAAUUAAUUAACCUCAUUUCACCCAAAAAGAGAAUGCGCAAAGUCGGCCGGUUUCCCAUAAAGCCUUAUUGUGAGCGGUUGUGAGCUGUUGUGUGCAUUUUCGCCGGCGACUUGCGCGACACUUUACUGGCUCUGUGAUCACAUUAUUACCAUUUUUUAAGUUUGUGUAUUUCCGCCGGCACACACUAGUAAGGCGCGUUUGCGUUUCGGCUGCGAUAGCUUAUCCCAUAAUGUUUUAAAGCUGGCUAAACAGCGACGAGGUUCGUACAAGGAAUGCUGACAAAAGUGCAAAAAGAAAUACAGUUGCAGAUUAAUUGUUAGAAGCGCCCGGGCGUUCUGUCUGUGGCGAGCCUCGCAGCUUCGACUCGCGACGUCAGUAGACACGGCGACUGCGAGCUCGUAAAUACCGGCCACGUGAAUGAAAAGUACAUUUAUUAACUUAAUGGGGUAAUAGUCAUAAGUUUUUGAAGGAAUCUUUAAUAAAAUCUAUGCUCUAUCAAUCGCGCUUCACGAACUAUGGCGAGACAAGCAACCGCGUUCAGAGAAUUUGAAACGAGAUAGCAAUAGUACUCCAUCAUUGGUCGAAGCGCGAUAGCAAUUUUACGAAUGAAUGAAUUGAGUUUCCUUUGGAUCAAAUCAAAUCAAAAAUACUUUAUUGCACACAAGAAAAAAAAAAUAAACGAGAAAAACAACAAAGGUACAAUUAAAUUUGUGUAACAAAGGCGGCCUUCUCACUCAUAGUGAUUUCUUCCAGGCAACCAUUAUGAGGAAUUGGCUCACAUAUGAAUAGAUGGAUGGAUGCGAGUGUUUCUUAAGCCAGCAGUCACAUAACAACCUAUGCCUCUAGGCAAUGGAUUUUAGUACAUUACAACUCUCCUAAUAGAUGUCAAUGUAAUGGUGAUAUUGACAUUUUUAAGGCUUUCAGAUAAUUAUGUUGUGUUAUGGCGUUGGUUUUUCUUGAUUUUGAUUAAUUAAGUGCAACUUAUGCAACAAAUGGGCUUUAUUUGCGUGAAGAUUGAGAGUGAAAUUUCAAGGACGUCACGCUUAGGCUAACAUGAGGGAGAAGAAAAAGUAGGGGAAAGGGAGCUACAUUGUAUAUAAUACAUCAAAUAAACGAGUUGUAGCGUCAGACGUCUUAUGAACGAAUUUAAUAUCGCAUAAGCUGGUGUAUAGACAAAGAUGUGUGAAAUGUAAUGGUAACAAUGAUUUCGAUUACAGUUUAUAUAAGAAGUGUCUUUUUUCAGUACGAUUCACAUACGCCUUUCAUUGAGGAUCGAACGUGCAUAUUCCAGAUAACGCCUCAUAGGAGAACAAGACGCCAUUUUGAUAUAAUAGCUUUUUGGUGACACCUUCGAUGACCGGGUCAGGUAGCUUAACAUCUUCGAAGCCACAAUUUUAUUAGAAGGCUGGCUUUUGUUGGAAUACGUUUGCUGAAUGUAUAGAAUUGAUUCAUGUAUGGAGGAUUGGCACGUACACGUACGCGGUAACGUUUAGAACGUAUGUUCGUUAGUUUUCCCUUUUGUCGCGCGGCAAAGAUACAACGGACCCGUGUGAUUUUUUGCAUCGUCAUCAUCACAGCGGUGAGGUUUCUGCGGGUAAUGUACAUAACACUAGGGUGUGCCGCCACCCCGUGCCCGGCUGGCGCCAGCCACCCCGUGCCCGGCGGUUGUAGACUCGCCCCCGUCAUAUUAUAAUAUUAUAUUUUGUGUAUGUUAAAUAUAUAACUGUAACGGAUGUAAUUGGCGAGUGCUCGACGGUCGCUUCGUCGGGGCGGCGGAGCUCGUGUUCGCGCGCCCCACCAUAUAUUAUUUUCUUUUUGUAUAUAUUAAAGAUAGGAUUCAAA